UUUCUCCCCAGAUAUUUUGUUGGUGUGUUAAACAAGGGCUCUGGGCAAAUGGAAGUCUACAAUGCUGAAAUAUUCAACAUGCAGCCCUUGCUGUCAGUUGGUGAGAACUUCACCAGAUUGCCACAACUUCUCAGAUAUGACGGACAGUGCCUUAGCAGCUACAUCCACCAGUUCCCUCAGGACCUGCAGAUGCAUCUCCUCAGAGAGAAUAUCUUAUUAUGGACCGUUCUUACCAGACAGGAGAGAAGGUAUUCAUGUUCUUUACUUCAAAAUUUCUUUAAAAUCCUUCCAGUCCUGUCGCCAGCAGAGUUUGAAGCAUUGAAGGUUCCAGCCGCAGCCUUUGUUAACAUCACUCCAGAAGAAAUCACCAAGAAAACAGAAGAGAAAAGCCAUUGCUCCUUUGUCUUAGAGGAGCUGAAGUUCCUGCCUGUUGAUGAGAAGAGCCGGGAUCACAAAGCCCGAUGCCUGUGGUUCCUGGACGUCCUUAUUAAGUUCAGCUUCCUGAAAGUCAUCAAGAAGAAGCAUCCAAUGGGUCCUGAAUGUCCACACAUCAUUAGCAGGAAACUCAUGAAGAACUUCACCUCACUGACCUACAACAAUGGCAGUGUCCAGAAUUUAGUCUCUGCAUCAAUGAAGACUAAAAUCACAGCAUACGUCAUCGCGCUGGCUCUGCACAUUAACAAAUUCCAAAUAGACCUCACCAUUCUGCAGAAUGACAUGAAGCUCCAAGAAAGCAGGAUGAUGGACAUUGCAAAGGCCAUGCGGCUGAAGAUCUCCAAGGCAAAAGGACUGCCAGGACUUGAGAAUGAUCAGAACCACAAGCUUGGCACACUGUCUCUCCCCUUGCCUGCGCAGAAGACAUCAGGGAACCAAAGGAAGCGCAAGAAGAUGAACUAAAAUAUCUGAGAGGUCUGAGCAGGUGUGAAAAAGUUCCCUUCAGAACAGUCACCCUGUACAUACAGAGUCAUGGCGAUGCUUCUCUCUGCUGUGUUUGGUUGUCCAGCAUUACUGCACGAUCUCACUGAAGUCACAGUGUCGGGCUGGAACCGGUGUUCACUUCAUUAAACUGCUGAUCUUUUCUAUUAAAAAAAAAAAAAAA